AUGGAGGCUCGAUUGAGUAUUCUGUAUUUAUUAACGAUAUUAUUUAAUAAAGCUCAUACAGAUCCGCGUAUUGAUACAGUCAGAACAACUUCUUCUAAGAUUAUUAAACUUCAAGAUCCACCAUUACACAGAGGACUCAAAGCGGGUGACAUCUUGACGCCCUACGAAUUAUUGCCGAUUACGAAAAAGCUUAUCGACAAAGUUGAAGAACCAGGACGAGGAAAAGGUAUAGUUAGCUCUGCAAUAAGUCCUGAAGAUCUCGCGGAUAAAUUAUUUAAAUCAUUCUUCUUUACUGAAGGGCGCAUAGUAAAGUUACAAGAGUUUGAUAUUUCCGGUCUCGACGCUCUUCAGGCUUUAGCCCUCAGCGGAGAAGUGGUAAACUUAAGAAACUCAUACGGCGUAAUAAAUGAAAAAAUAUCAACUAUAAGUUAUAGAGGACAAAAUAUUAUUUUGGACCAAAAACCCAAAACAUGUCAAUACACAUUGAUAACGAAGCCUGUUGAAGACAACAUGAAAAUUGAACGGCGAGGUAUAGAACUAGCGAAGAAACUAGCAAAAAAGAGACGUUUGGUAGUAAAUUCCAACCGUAGACAUAUAAAAUUGAACAACAAAAGAAAAAAGGAAAGAGUAAAAGUUACAACUACCAGAUACAUGAAAAUAAAAAAGAACAAAUCUUCGAAGAUAUUACAAAAGAAAGAUGGACCAACUACCAAGAAACACGUUAAUAAAAGAAAUAAGACUGGCAAAUCAGUAAAGGAAAAAAAGGAUGAAGUGACUGAAUGUCGAUGGCAAUACAAGUGUAGUAAUCCUGCAAAUCUAGAUACCUGUCGAUUAAAUACUAAAUGCACGAAAAAGGAAAGCUUAAAAACAACACCUGAAUUUAUAUCUAUACAGCACAAGCCAGAUGAACAUUCACUUGCGAUAAAGCAGUUUCGUAAAAUGUUUGGAAUAAGUAUGGUGGAUGAGGAAGUGGAAAAAAUUGUGGAAAGCAGAAUGCUAUAUUUGAAACCGCAGAACAUUAAUAACAGUUCUGAGAGACUAGAAAGCCUGAAGGAAUAUUUUGAGAAAGUUAUUAUGUCCGAAUUCAUUCAAGGAUCUACUACUCCAAUGAGCCAUAUCCAGAAUAUGAAUAGAAGGAAGUAGCAGGAGUCCGACUAAAUAUUGACGUAACUCAAAUAUCACCUGAUGACCAGGUAAAAGAAGAAAACUCCAGAAGAACUUUGGGAAUACCUAUUAACAUUACAUAUAACCCAGAAAUUAAUAAAUAAAAAAAACAAUACCGAUAAACUUCAGCAUGGAGUAAAUUUUAU